CUACAAGUCGACACGGGCGCGUGCUAGUGAGGUGCUGACAGCGGAUUUGAACUUCUGCCAGUCGCUGUCGCCGAUGCCGUCACAAUAUGCCUCUAUCGAUGUCAGCUCUUGAUGCAGCGACGGCGCAUUGAACUUGCACGCCUGAUGACCAAGAGAAACAGGAAGACACGAUUGAGCUGUAUGACCUCGCUCUUGCCUUGAGUUUUUCCUUCAGAUUGUCGAGGACUGUGGCAGCGCUGGCGACCGACUGUUGUUGUCUGCGUGAAAUGGUGUGCCACAAAAUUGAGAGUAGCAGCUGGAGGAGUUCAACCACCACCUGACGAGCGCAGACAACGGAUACACCAAAGAACGCUCACGGCUCCUGCAGCCUGUCUCACCGUGCCAGUGUUCCGUUGAUUAGCGGGGCUCUUGAGCUUGACUGCGUUGGCCAUUAGUUGCGUCUUGCCCUUCUGCGAAUUGAGAUGGGACACCUAGCUUCUCAAACGGUCGUUGUCGGCUGCACCGGUGGUAAAUAGAAGUAGAAAGGGUGAAAGAGGAUGUAGUAUACGCCAAGGGUGAGACGCUAUUUGUCUGUGCACUCACCUCUGACUCGCUGCUCUUCAGUCUCUUUCUGCUUGAUUGCUUUUUCUCUUCGCUGUCUGUGGCAGGCGCACAUGGCCAGAUGCAAUGAAUGCGAGCGCCAAGUGGGGUAAGAUUCUCACUCUUGUGCGAGCUCAGGAACCUUGUGUCUCAUCGCCGUGUCCCUUGCAGCCAAAAACCUCCUAACCUCGUCAAAGGCAUCGCCCUGCAUUUUGUCGAUCUUGUUGCGCGACACACACACACAUUCGCAAGAUAAUGAGUGCAUCGAUCGACGAUCCGCCCGACUUGAGGGCGGACGCAAACUCACCUUGCUGAGAAGUCUCUUGGUUUGCGCGGCAGUGAGUGGCUGUUUGUCAAGCUUGAGCAACAUCGUGUCGAUCACACGCCUGCAGGGCCUGGCCUUCGUAUCGAAGCCCAGGGCAUACUCAAGUGCAUUCGUGCCUUCUUGCCAUUUCACGUGCUGAUCCGGCCACACACGAUGUCCCAUAAUAGAUGGCAUCUGCGACAGGGGAAAGACAAUACGAAAUGACGUGAUUUGUAUCCCAUGCACACAUGCGGGUGACCUUGUCGAUCAGAGCCAGGAGGAUACGAUGCAGAUUGUUGUUCCCACAGUCGUGGAGACAGUGGUAGAUGGUGUAGGUCAAGAGAGUGAAGAGGCGAGAUGAUGUUCGGAGGGCAACAAAGCGGCGCUUGGACUGCAAGGACGUAAUGUCAAUUGAUGAUAAACCUUUUGCAAGUUCCUCAGCGAUCUGCACCCCACAUGCCGCGAUUCAAAUGUCUGCAGCCUCGUCGAGUCGUGCCAGCUUUACCCGAUACUGUUUUGUCUCCACAGCGAGCACAAAGAGGGGCAUCAGCAUCCGAGAUGGAGGUCGGCCUAGCGCUUGUAUCUCUCUCACCCACAAGUCCUCGUUGCUUUCUAUCAGCCGAAGCAGAAGCCCCGUGUUGGAUGGCUCAUCGCCAUAUCUGCGUGCCAGUAACUCAUCGCUUGGCCUUAUGUCAAGGUCCAAUGAGGAUGGAAGGGACUGGGGGUUGAUGUAGGGUAAGCGCAUGUCAUCCACAAUAGCAAAGGAGAGAUCGGAACGUGACUGAGAAGUCGCCACCAUUUCAAGCCAUCCUAACCAGGAAGCCGCACAUGCCGAUAAUGAACAAGCUUCCUCUCACUCGUACCUUUUUGACCACAAGGAAGUGGACAAUCUCAGCUGCCUUUUCCUUGACGGCUUCGCUCAAAAGCUUUGUACCACCGGGGUAGCAGGGCUGGGAAAAACCAAGUAAUUGGCCACAUGCGUUGUCCAAUCAAUGACGUCCGCGUGCACGGUUUCGUCUUACCCUGAAUUGUAUAGUGAAGACGUGACUGUAGGGGCUGUCUAAGAAGGUACGGACUAGUUCUGGGCUCCUUUGAGCAAUUGCAUAGCAUAAAGCGGUGCGGCCCAGUGAGUCUCUGAGUUGCAUGUAUUCGUCUCUGGCUGAAGAAAUGCGGCCGAGAUUGUUCAAGAGGAUCUUCAGCGAUGCCACAUUAUCGGACUCCAUCGCCGCCAAAUGAAGAAUCGGCUGAGAGCAGGACAGAGCCAUUUACAGAGAAGCCAUGCAGAUCCAAAAUCCGUGACAUCGUGUCGUACCCGUGUCAACCGUGAUGGUGCAAGAGGGUCUUGCGCUGAGUCUUUGUAGAUGUGCUCUGCCACCUUGUUGAGAAGGUUGUGCGCCUUGACAAAGGAGAACAGCUCCGAGAGAAGCUGCACACAUUUAAAAAAGUGCCCGCCCAUGAAGGCCAUCAAAUAUACAACAUACAUACUUGUGCGUUGCCCGUCUUGACAGCAAGAUGAAAAACAUUCCACUUCUUCGGGUCCUGCUGAGUGAGAAUCCGUUCGAUGCGCGACUUCGGCUCUUUGGCCAACAGAGUCAGCAAAUGUCGCACAAUAUCGAUAUUCUCUAGUUCGACUGCCAUGCAAACAACAGAGCAGCGCUGUUUAGCUGCAGUGUAAUGCACUUUGAAGUGCAGGCCCGUGUCUCUUGCAUCUUUCUGACCGGCGAUCAUCAGUGAGUUUCGUGACGUGUUUCGUGGAAGCUCUUGAAAGGGGUCUGCUUUGUAUUCGUCUACCAUGAUUUUCACGACAUCUAGAUCGCCGCCAUGAAUGGCGUAUUGAACUGAAGUCUUGACCUCCUGGUUGACUUCCUGCUUUAGGCCCUCGUUUUUCAUGACUUUUUGCACAACUAAAGCAUCGCUUUGCUGCAGUAAGGUGAUGAGCCGCACUUUCCCUCCCUUUGCUGAUUGGAGAAUGGCGGCCACCAUUUGUGCAUUGCCUUUUCUGACCAAACAAGGACGUAGCAAGGAAGAGAAAAAUUGAAUGAUCCCCAGAAGCUUUCUUUGUACUGCGCAGCGAAGAUGAGGGGGACACACAGAAUCUCCAUGCUGUCCGCACGAGACGGAUACUGUUUCUUCGUUUCAGACAGCAAGAGCUCAAAGAUGGCUGCCUGCUGGCCCGUUGUUCCCAUUGCGCAGUACGUCAGGGCAUUGUGGAUGUUGUUCGUCUCAGAAGGCUCGAUGUUUUGGAUAGGGUUAGAUCCUUCGGCAAGCAGGAAUCUUACAACCUCCACAUUUCCGGAGGCUGCACUCACCAUACAGACGUAUGCGGUAUGGUCAGACAUCGGUCAACCGAGCUGUCAACCGUCGAAGACGGCCACCUGUCUCUCAAUCGCUUACCUGCAGCUUUCAUGACUGCGGUUUCCUUGGUCUGCUUGUCUUCUUCCCUCAGACGGCCCGCAAACAGCUCAGCGCAUAUCCCAGUGAUCUUUGCUUUGAUGUUAGAGUCAAUGUUACGACGGCCGUUGGUGGUCUCCAAGAAGCAGAGGUCGUUGUAAGCGCUGCUGAUCCAUCGUAGUGCAUCCAAAUUGUCCUUUUCGGACGCGAGAAUAUGCAGCGGCUGCCUUGACACAUCUGCAUGUCAUAUCACACAUAACGUCACUUACUAAAUGAUGCAGAUGCAAUUAUGUGCAUAUUUUUGUUUGCCAACCCUCAAUUGUGGGCACAUCAGCUACAGACAAAGAGACAGUGGGAGACACACAGACACCCAUGCAUGAUGGAAGGUCAUCUUUGCUUUUGGUCUCUUACCAAAGAGCGCCUCACGAAUGUCAAAUAUGGACAUGAGGUUCUUCAGGCGAGCACUUUCUUGGUUGUCUGCCUUUCUCUUCGAUUCAAUGAUGUCCUGCAUCUCAUCGUAGAGCAGACGCCUCCUGAAAAUACCAUCACAGGAGACAAGAAAAGGUAUGCAAUGCAGAGGUGCUUUCUUACGCUGGCUGCAACCAUAGGCGCUUGUCCAAUUCGACAUUCUGAUGAGAUGUAACAGCUUUGGCAACCUUCAUUAGAGGACUUAGUCCUUCCAACAUGUCUCGACAGCUCUCUUCAAGCGUCUUGCCUCGAAUGUCCUUCAAGUCGAGGUAAGACGGCGGGGUGAAGUACCAUUCGAAAGUCUUCAAAGCCUGCUCGGAGCCCUCGAAGCUGACUUGGACACGAAACAAAAGCUGAGAAAGCAAAAUACAACAAUCCAUUAUCAUACAAGGACCUUUUUCUGUUCUCUACCCGUCCGUCGGCCUUGCUCCGGACAGCCAAAGCCUGCAUUUCGCUAAGACAAAGCUCCAUAUCGAUGCUGGUGCAGAAAACGGCUCCUUUUGCACAGCCCAACGGCUUGGGCUGUGUCUCUAGUGGCUUGAAGUUUUUGUCAAAGUCGAGAUUAUAUGCUGGCUGCAAGACAAGAGCAGAGAGAAGCAAUGCAAGUAAACACCCGCUUGUAAAGCAUGAUGGGGUCGCAUCUGACCUGCAUCUUUGCCGACCGCACUUGGCAGUUCCGUGUGCACUUGAUCUGGGAAAGGGAGAGAGGCGAUCAUGUGUGCAAAAAUCACCGAAUACUGACGCGUCAGUUUUCGUGCGCUUACAUUGAUUGUUAGCAGGUCACCCUUCCCUUCACACGAAGUAGGUGCCGUCUGAAUGAAGAUAAAUUGCUGAUCCCACAU